UUCUCCUUCUCUUCACAGCCGCCGCCGGGAGCAGCAGCGCGAGCAUCGCCAUGCCAUCCGAUUCGACGGAGUCGCCGGCGGCGAUGGAGGCAGCUCCUGGCGCGUUCCAGUCGUCCCCGGAGAUGGAGCGGUUCCUCUGCGAGCGGCUGCUGGACGCAGCGCAGCCCAUCGCCGAGCGAUUCCGCACGCUCUUCUCCCUCCGCAACCUCCGCGGGGACGCCCCUCGCUGCGCCCUCCUCCAAGCUGCAAGGGAUUCUUCUAACUUGCUUGCCCAUGAGGCUGCAUUUGCACUUGGACAAAUGCAGGAUGCUGAGGCUAUCCCUGCACUAGAGGCAGUUCUCAAAGAUCUUUCACUGCAUCCAAUUGUUCGCCAUGAGGCUGCUGAAGCCCUUGGAGCUAUUGGCCUGGAGAAGAGCAUUUCCCUGUUGAAAGAGAGUCUAGCAUCUGAUCCUGCUGUUGAGGUGCAAGAAACAUGCGAAUUGGCUCUUAGACGGAUUAAAGAGCAGACAAGUGCUAGUGGCGCCGAAAGCACAACAAUUUCGCCUUAUCUAUCAGUUGAUCCAGCAAUGCCUGCCAAGGAAGGACUUUCAGUAGAACAACUAAGGGAGCUUCUCCUCAACGAGCAAGAAAACAUGUAUGAACGUUAUGCAGCUCUUUUUGCGCUUAGGAAUGAUGGUGGUGAUUAUGCUGUUUCUACUAUUGUUGAAGCUUUAGGUGUCAAAAGUGCUCUUCUACGCCAUGAGGUCGCUUAUGUGCUUGGUCAGCUGCAAAAGAAAGCUGCGUCAGAUGCACUUUCAGGAGUUCUGAAGAAUGUUGACGAGCACCCAAUGGUCAGGCAUGAAGCUGCCGAGGCCCUUGGUUCAAUUGCAGAUCAAGAAAGCAUUGCACUUCUGGAGGAAUUUGCCAAGGACCCCGAGCCCAUAGUCUCCCAGAGCUGUGAAGUAGCUCUUAGCAUGCUUGAGUACGAGAGAUCAGGGAAGUCAUUCGAGUUUCUUUUCCUCCAGACUCCUCAGGUGCACCAGGAAUCCUGAGCCCAGCUAAAGAUUGGCAACAUCUACUGCCAAACUGACCUACACACACUGUCAUUCAUUUUGUUAGAGAAUGUUACUGUUCCAUGCUGUCAUUUUAUUAACACAUCUCAGACCAGCAUGAAGAACUCAUCUAUCUAUCCCUAAUCCCUAUCCCUAAUAAUAAAAAUAGGAAGGUUUCCUUCGUCGUCGUCCGCCAUGCAUCAAUUUCCAUGCCUAUCCUGAUUUUCGUGUCUCCUUGCACUCCAUCGAAUCUUUUCUUUGCCUAAAAGCCAGAAGAUUUUCUUCGUCGUCGUCCGUCAUGCAUCAAUUUCCAUGUCUGUCCUGAUUUUCCGUGUCUCCUUACACUCCAUCGAAUCUUCCUUUUUCUAUUCCCACAACGCUGCAUUCCCGGGCCGCCACCGCUGACUCAACUGCCCGUGCAGCACCUCCCUGCGGUGACCGCUCUGGAUAAGCGUCGGCGCUGGAUUAGAUUCCCGUGCAAGAGACGAGCAAAGGGGUCCAGGGCUGACCGGCGCUAUCCACCGCCGCGCGGUUUCUCGUGCACUGCGCCACCAUGUGCUCCGUGAUCUUCUUCUGACGCCAGCCACAGCCGGCGGGCGGCUUGGACUGGGUGCCAUGUUCGUGGCCACGGCUGCUAGGCCCCGAGAUCAUUUUGAUUGAAUGUCCAAUUAUAUUGUCAUGUUUUGUAUAAACAUGAAUUUUCGCGUACACAUGUUUAAGAGGUCGUGGCAACGCACGGUCACUGUACUAGUAAAUUACAUAUAGCGAUGAGUUGCUCUGCUCCAUUUUACAGUGGAGUGGAAAUGUAUGAACGGAUGAAACCUGAAGUGGCGAAGGACUUAAAUUAUCGGCUGAGCUGUAACCAGUGUGAUGGUGAUGCCUCUUUCCAUUAAUGAUUGUACUAAACUGCCCUUUCCUAUAUAUGCAAUUUUCUGAUCGUCA